AUGGACGACGCUCGAAAGAUGGAUAUGCACAAGGGCCAUGACGACAACGAUGCCAUUGUCAAAACACCCUCUCGGGAUCUCGAUAUCCACGUCGAAGCACCACCCCAAAACUUCACACUCCUCUCCCUAGCAGGCGUAGGUCUUGUCGUCGGCAACGUCUGGCCCGCAAUCGGCGGCUCCAUCCUCGUCGCAAUCUUCAACGGUGGACCACCAGGCGUGUUAUACGAAUUCAUCGUGGUCUCAAUCUUCUACUGGACCGUCGCUGCCUCUGUCGCAGAACUCGCCAGCGCGAUUCCAUCUUCUGCUGGUGUGUAUCAUUGGGCUUCUGUCACGCCGGGCAAGAAAUGGGGACGCGUGUUGGGGUUCUUUGCGGGGUGGUGGAAUUAUCUUGCUUGGUGUCUUGGAUGCGCUAGUAUGUCUAGUAUUCUCGCCAACACGCUUGUUCAAAUGUAUGCUUUGAAUCACGAUGGUUUUGUUGCGGAGAGUUGGCAUGUUUUUGUCACGUAUAUCAUCACGACGUGGUUAUCAUGCGCGGCUGUUUGUCUUUGGAACAGCGCUAUGCCCGCCCUCAACAAAUUUGGCGUUUUUAUCAUUCUUGCAGGUUUUGUUAUCACGGUUGUUACAGUUACUGCGAUGCCUGGCCACGGAGGUCGUCCGCCGCAUGCGAGUUCUGCAUUUGUGUGGAAGGAUUGGACGGCUGAUAUGGGAUAUCCUGAUGGAUUUGUUUUUGUGAUGGGGAUGUUGAAUGGAGCUUAUUCUGUUGGGUCGGUGCAUGCUACGACGCAGUUAGCGGAGGAGAUUCCUAACCCGAGUCGGAAUGUGCCUAUUGCUAUCUUGUUCCAAGUAGCGACUGGUUUCGUUACUGGGUUGUGUUAUCUCAUUGCUAUCAUGUACGCCAUCAACGAUUACGACGCGCUGUUCGAAUCUGCGUAUCCUAUCGCGGAGAUCUAUCGGCAGGCAACGGGUUCGGCGGCUGGUGCUACGGGAUUGUUGUCGUUGGUUAUGAUUUGUAUUGCUUUGACGGUUGUUGGACUUUACAUCACCUGCGGACGAACACUUUGGGCUCUUGCUCGCGAUGGUGCUACACCUUUCCCUUCAGUCUUUGGCCAUCUUAAGGAAUCUCUCGACAUGCCACUCUGGUCUACGCUAGCAACAGCUGUCCUCGUCACUAUCUUGGGCGCCAUUCAAGUCGGCAGCACAACAGCUUUCAACGCACUCGUCGGAACAUUCAUUUUACUCUGCAGCUGCUCAUUCCUAUGCUGCAUCCUUCCCAACCUGCUCAGCGGAAGGAAGAACAUUACCUACGGGCCUUUCAAGAUGCAUGGAAUCACUGGUUUUAUCAUCAACGGCAUUGCUUGUGCUUAUCUUAUCAUUUGGAGUGUCAUUUAUUGUUUUCCUUAUAGUUUGCCAGCUACACCGGAGGGUAUGAAUUAUACUUGCGUUAUCUGGGGUGGACUAACGUUUCUGGUGAGUCUUUGGUGGUUUGUUAGUGCUAGGAAGGGAUAUAUGGGACCGACGAGUACGGGAAUGAUUGUUCCUGGAGUAGCUGUCGAUGUGGCUUGA